AUGACUCUAGUCUGGAGCGAGCUGGCUCAGAGCUUUGCUUCGACGCUGAUCUUUUGUCUGUAUCUGGCACAACCACGAGAAUACGGUCGCAAUGAGUUCGUGUCGCGGCCGAUAGUAUUGCGCGCGCCCGCGCAGGCUCCCCUCCCCACCGCACCCUCGCCCUGCAGCAAUGGGGCGGGAAAAGAAGUCUCCGCACAAAACUGA